AUGCCGUUCAUGAUUGGGAAAUCUCCUAUAAGGAGAACAAUGAAAUAUUUAAAUGCUGGAAAAUUGGCUUUAAAAAAUGGCAUCCAAGUAUUUUCAAUUAAUUACAAUACACACGGUGAACAUCAUCAAGGAGCAAAAGAUUUUAUCUUUUGGUAUGUUCCACAAGUUCAAUACAGAAAUCCUGAGGUACAAGUAAUUUCAAUUAAAAAUUUGACUCCCUCACCAUUUAUUACAUGUUACUAUGCAAAUGGCAAAAAGAUGUUGAUUGAUAUUGAAAGCAGAACUAAAGAAGAAAUCAUGGAACAUUUAAUAAAAGUCGUUGGCAAAACGCAAGAUGUGCUGGAAAAAGAGGCAGCUGCAGCUGAGAAAAAAAUAAAUCCAGCAAACUUUGGUAAUGGUUGCCCUAGACAUUGUAUUUGUGAGGUACCUGGACAAUUACCUUGUCCUAGUGUUGUACCAUUACCUUUCCACAUGAGAGGAAAGUAUAAAUACAAUCCAGAUUUAUUCGCCGAAGUUAUGGAAAAAAUGAAAUAA